AUGUGCAAUGAUUGCUGCGAAGAAAAUUAUGCCAAAAAAGAGUGGGGUGAUGGAAUUCGUGGCUUGGCUUUAACCACUGCGCAAUAUUCGCUUAUGAAAAUUGAUGAGAAAGACCCACAUCCGAAAAAUUUCCGGCCUCAACUGCUAUUGCUUUUGUCAAUGCCGUGGUCCAAGGAGCUUGUUGACAUGCGUUACUUAAAUCUCAUUAAUCUUGCGUCGCAGCUUAAAGCUAGUCGUGGUCUGACGAUCGUCGUUGCAUUUAUUCGCGGUGAUCCGCUCGCUAUCGAUGACAGGAAAAAAGCGGAAGAGGUUAAAGGACGAAUGGAGUUCGAUAUGAAUCAGAUCAGGCUCCGCGGAUUUGCAAAAACCUUGGUAUAUGGUGAAACUCAGAUUGGCGGAAGUGUAUCAACGCUUAUUCAAAGCGUUGGCAUGGGUGGACUACGACCAAACACGCUUCUACUCAGCUGGCCUAUACAUACGCAUGGCGCCUCACGAGAAGCUGUCGAUUCUGAGUACCAAACAUUCACAGGUUCUUUACUUUUUAUGCGUUUUUGCUGUGCAGCGCUAUAG